AUUUGACAAAUUUGACUUUUGCGCGUUGCCGCGUUAUGCCUUCAUGUGCCGGCCAUUAACAUUGGUGUAGCUGUUUGCUUGACAAAUCUUGCUCAACUCAAGCUCUGGUGUUGUUUGUAACUGUUCUAACCCUUCAACCAAAUUUGUGAAUCAUGGGUGAUGAAAAAAAGGGAACCGAAGCCGAAGGUAUCAACGUGAAAGUACUAGGGCAGGAUAAUGCCGUUGUACAAUUCAAAAUCAAAAGACAUACUGCUCUUAGGAAACUCAUGACUGCAUAUUGUGAGAGAGCUGGAAUCAGCACCCAAGUAGUUCGGUUUCGCUUUGAUGGAAACCCCAUUAACGAAACGGACACGCCCACAACUCUGGACAUGGAGGAAGGGGACACCAUUGAAGUCUACCAACAGCAAACCGGAGGUUAUUGUGUAAGACAUUAAGUUCUUAUUACGUACAUUAUUUUUAUGAUGAAAUUGUCUCGACCACUCGAGUUUAAUUAGUUCUAUGUAAAUUAGUCCUAAGGUAUUUUUUAAUUUCCUUGUGUUUCAUCCACACAUCCGCAUUUUUAGGUUCGCAAAGGACAGAAAUUUAAUAAAUGAUUUGUUUUUCUA